UAUUAUGGCGUAGAUUUAAGUUAUAAUUACGAUCAUAUUUUAAAAAAGUUUUUAGAACUUUAAUUGAACAACAAUAUGGGAUCGUGCUGUUGUGGCGGAAGUGUCCAAGACAGCCUCGAAGUCAGGAAUACCGGUGAGAUUGUAAUGAGUACAUUGGCUACACUAGAUACACGGGGUGUAUUCAGAUAUACUACAGGGCCUUUCGGAAUAAGAUUUGAUCAUUACGAACCAAACCUAUCGACACCACCACUACAACGUCGACAAGAAGAAACUAAAAAAAUUGUCAUCGCUUUACAUGCUUACAGCGCUUCAGAUUCACAGGACGUGAGUUUCGCCAGAGGAGAUCGCAUGGAAGUCCUGGAAGAUAUCGGCAAGUGGAUUCGUGUAAAACACCUUGGACCAUACAUAGGUUCUGAGGAGGGGUUUGUACAAGCAAACUUUGUCGCAUAUGAAUCCAGUAUCGAGAGUGAGGAAUGGUUUUUUAAAGCUGCCUCCAGAAAAGAUGCAGAAAACUUACUAAUGAGCCCGGAUAACCCUCGUGGAACAUUUCUAAUUCGACCCUCACAGUCGGAUGGGUAUUCCUUAUCGAUUAAAGCUUGGGAUUCCCAGAGGGGAUAUCACGUAAAACACUACAAGAUUAAACAUCAGCCAGUUCAACACAGUGGAUAUCAGUCAAAUAUGAAACUGUGUUAUUACAUUUCUAUUAAUAAAACGUUUGAUUCAUUAAAAGAGUUGGUCUCGGUAUACCAUAAAAAUGCUUUUGGUUUGUGCGAUACACUUAUACAGCCUUGUAGGAAGCCGGACCCGCCUUUGUACCUUUCGUCCCGAUAUAGAGAUAGAUGGGAAAUUUCACGAAAUGAAAUAGAGCUUAUCACAAGAAUUGGUACCGGUAACUUCGGGGAGGUCUAUUCGGGAAAAUGGCGCGGCAAAGUCGUCGUGGCCGUAAAGAUGUUGCUCGAUAGUAACGGCAAAAUGUCUGGCGAGGAAUUCCUUACUGAAGCAGCUGUUAUGAAGGAAAUUCAACAUGAAAAACUGGUUCAACUUUAUGGAGUUUGCACAAAAAACGAGCCUUACUACAUUAUCCAGGAAUAUAUGCCAAAAGGAAGCCUGGAAAGAUAUUUACGCCAAGACAGUGGGAAAACGAUCAAAUUUGAGGGCUUGGUGAACAUCGCUUAUCAAGUGGCCAGCGGAAUGGCUUAUCUAGAAUCUUUACUUUUUAUUCAUAGAGAUUUGGCGGCCAGGAACGUACUGUUAGGGGAGAACCUUGUGGCAAAAAUAUGCGAUUUUGGAUUGGCCAGGUUUAUGCCAGAAUUCAACUCCGAAGAUAGUAAUACAGCUCCCGUUUAUAUCAGUAAAUCUGGUAAUUUCCCAGUGAAAUGGACGGCCCCAGAAGCAUUAAAAUACAACAUAUACUCGACCAAGUCUGAUGUUUGGUCUUACGGCAUAUUUCUUACAGAACUGUUCACCUAUGGUUGCGCCCCUUAUGGAAGAACUGAUCCCUUAAGGGUUUAUUAUUUAGUAUGCGAAGAAAAUUACAGGAUGCCAAAACCGGAAAACCUUCCUGAUGAGUUAUACCACGUGAUGCUACAAUGUUGGCAUGAGAUCCCGGAUAAACGGCCGCCAUUUCGGGAUUUGGAAGCUUACUUUGAAGACGUCAAUGUCAGUUACAAGUAUUCAGAUCACGGUGAUGCGAGUUCGGUCAUUUUAAAGCGCGGGAUACCUUAUGAGGACCAUCCUAAAAUCAUGGGAAAACCCCCAUUAAAAAGAUAAUUUAAGCAUUAGUAUAAAUUCUAUUUUGGAAGGAGCUAUUGUAUGGUAUAUUAAAGAUAGAUUUUUGCAGUUUAUAGGAGACUA